AUGGCGACGAAACGAGCUCGAAGAAUUCAUGAUUACAAUCAAUUGAAUUCUCUGUCCUCAGUUGUUUUGUGGGACACGGCUCCACGGCUGAAAAAAGCGAAGACUUUCUAUGAAGUUGAGAGAGUGAUAACAAGGCGAAGAAUACACUUAGUAAGUAUAUAUCUUUUGACAUAUUUUCAAAUUUCAAUGUUUUCUAGCAGACCAGCACGUGUCUAUGUAUAAAACAUAAUUCAUACCAAUAUGGCAAUAUAAUAUAUACCUAUUAGCCUAUAUAAGGAUGAAAAGUUUAGCCAAAAAACCUUUGGUGUUUGUCUAUUGAUUGUUUGCUUUUCAGAAAUGAAUUUUGUAGCUGAUGAAUGCUAUACAUAAUCCACUUGUAAAUAUCAAAAUAUGUUUACACAGGAAUAUUGGUAAUAAUGAAUAACUGAUAUACUUUUGCAAUAUUUUAGGACUAUGAAUACCUUAUAAAGUGGAAGGGAUGGUCACUUGAAUCAUGCUCUUGGGAACCAUCGACAAAUCUCACUGAAGACCUCAUCACGUAAGUGUUAAAAUAGUUCAAUUUUUUUCUUCUAACCCAGGGUAAUACAAUUUCAGCCCUCCACUAUCUAAGGUGAAAUUGCAGCUGUUGGUUGAAUUCACUUUUUGCAGGUACCUAGUCCAAUAACCCGACUCCUCGCAAUAACUGAGAAUUUUGCCAUGUAAUCAUUUCAACCCACAGUGACCGGUCAAAACAUCCCCAUAUCAAAAUGUGCCUGUCUUCUGCAAACUUUAAUUAAGCCUUCACAAUGUGGAUUGUCAUGAAUGUAUAAAUCGUUAACAAGUUAAUUUCUAUAUUCUGUAGCAAUUACGAUAAACCAAUUAAAAUAUCUGAUGAAAGACUGGAAGGAGCCUGUCGUCAGUUUGUGUUGGGGAUAAGCAAAGGUUUGCGAAGUCGUUCCGCAGCUCCUAUGUAUAUUAACAUGGAUUUGGAUAUAUGGCGAUAUCUAACAUGUGGAAAAGGGGAAGUAUCUGAGCACCGUGGUAACAAGCUGUACCAGAAAAAUGAUUUUGAGGCAUUGAAGUACCUUCCAGAGAACUGGUGGUACCAUAUAAAUCAAAAUGGAGAAGGAAUAGCAGUUGAUUUUCCUCUGAAAGCCAAGCCAAUGUUGUCCUGGUCAUCUGUCAACUUCAUGAAGAAAAACGGCAAGUUAUGCAGAGCUGCUAGGAUGCCAGUGGAGAAGAUAUGCCUAACUGUUAUAAGAAAGGCAUGCAAUGCCGAACAUAUUGUUUGA